AUGGAUUUUCUCGGAGAGAUGACGGAAGUGAUGGAAACCCGACAGAAGCAGCUUGCUUUGUCUCUCUUAAAGACUCCUCACUCAAUCAAAUGUGCCAAGCAUCUCAGGUCAAUCCACGUCGUCCUUCUCCGAACUGGUCUCCACCACAGCAGUUUCGCCGUCGGGAACUUUGUUAGUUGCUGUGCAAAUUUGGGUCUCAUGUACUAUGCCACCCAACUGUUCGAUAAAAUGCCAGAACCAAACUCAUUCGUCUGGAACACCCUGAUCAGAGGAUUCCAGCAGAACCAUGAACCCAAAAAAGCGAUGGAUCUUUUCGAUCGCAUGCGGAUUGAACCUGAUGGUCCGGAUCGUUUUACUUACCCGUUUGUGGUACGAUCUUGUACCGAGUUGAUGGAGCAUCUUAGAGGGGUAUGCAUCCAUGGAUUACUGUUCAAGGUCGGGCUUGAGCUGGAUACUUUCAUUGGUACAAGUUUGAUUGAGUUCUAUGGUAGUUUCGGUGAUACAAAGGCAGCUCGUCGUGUUUUUGAUGAAUUGCCAACAAAAGAUAAGGUUGCCUGGACUAUUAUGUUGUCUUCGUGCGUAAAUAAAGACACUGACCUAAAGGAGACCCGUAAGCUGUUCGAUCAAAUGCCUGGUAAGGAUCUUGUAGUUUGGAACAUCAUGAUCUUUCAGUACAUCAAAGCCGGUGAUAUCCAAAACGCGAAAGUGCUUUUCAAUCUAGCUCCUGUUAAGGAUCUGUUAAUGUACAACACGCUUCUAGGUGGCUAUGCCAGAUAUUGUGAAGUCAACAUCAUGCUUGACUUUUUCCAUAAGAUGCCCACGAAAGAUUUGGUAUCAUGGAACUCAGUAAUCAGUGGGCUAGUCCGUGACAAGAGAAUCAACGAAGCCAUAACCCAUUUCCACCAAAUGCAAAGCGAAAACAUACAUCCAAAUGAAAUAACAUUGGUAACCCUUCUCUCUGCUUGUGCUCAAGUUGGAGCUUUAGAUACAGGUAGAUGGUUACAUUCAUAUAUAAAUAGAAACAACAGCAGUUCAAACCUUGUAGUUUCUACAUCUUUAGUGGAUAUGUAUUCAAAAUGUGGAGAUUUGGACAGCGCACGACAAGUGUUCGAUAAAAUGCCAAACCGAGAUGUUGUUGCAUGGAACGCCAUGAUCAUGGGCUUCUCCAUGAACGGGCGAAGCAAAACAACAUUACAGUUAUUCACCCGUAUGAAAAGGGAACAAGUCAAGCCAAACGAAAUCACAAUUCUUGGUGUUCUCUGUGCGUGCGUGCAUGCAGGAUUGGUGAAAGAAGGUCAAAAGUUGUUUGAUAGUAUGGAUCAAGAACACGGGUUGGAGCCUAGAGUAGAGCAUUACGGGUGUAUGGUUGAUCUUCUUGGGAGAUCCGGUUUACUAAACGAAGCGUAUAGUUUGAUCCAAAGUAUGCGAGUCGAGCCACAUGUUGGGGUGUGGGGUGCACUUCUUGGUGCUUGUAAGCUUCAUAAGAAUGUUGAGUUAGCCGAAACGGCUAUGAGUCAUUUGAAUGAGCUUGAACAUGAAGAUGGAGGGUAUCUUACAAUCAUGUCUAACAUAUACGCGAAUGUAGGAAGGUGGGAUGAUGUGUAUAGGGUACGUGAGUUGAUGAAAGAAAAGGGAAUUGGGAAGCUGAGAGGGUGUAGUUCGAUUGAGGUUAAUGGGGUGAUAUAUGAGUUUGGGGCUGGGGAGAAGGUUCAUGAGAGGGUGGAGGAGAUUUAUGAGAUGAUUGAUGAGAUUAGUGGUGGUUUAGGGGUGGUGGGACAUGUUGGGAGGAGGAGUGAGGUGUUUUUUGAUGUUGAAGAUGAGGAGAAAGAUGAGGUUUUGAUGUAUCAUAGUGAGAAAAUGGCUGUGGCUUUUGGGCUUAUUAGUAUGGAAAAAGGGAGUGUUAUUAGGGUUGUGAAGAAUUUGAGGAUUUGUGGGGAUUGUCAUGAUGUGAUGAAGGUGAUUUCCAAAAUGUAUGAGAGGGAAAUUGUGGUGAGAGAUCGGAGUAGGUUUCAUCAUUUCAAGAAUGGUUGUUGUUCAUGUGGAGAUUAUUGGUAGAUUUAAUAAUUAAAAAAAUAUCCCAUUUUUGGAAUAA